GAUCGAACGUGCACCUUUUUUGAGCUAUGGAUGACCCUCCUCGGGAGGAGCCAAAUUAUCAAAAGCAAUGCUAUUUUUGCAUCAAAAUUUAAUGCGGUACCUUUUUAUUUUAAAAAGAAAUCCUUCCUCGUCCCGGUCCUUCUGUUUUGACCGUUUAUACACCAAGUGAUAAACCUGCAUGCACGAUGUCCGAUAGGAAAGCUGUAAUAAAAAAUGCUGACAUGUCUGAAGAUAUGCAGCAGGAUGCAGUGGACUGUGCAACUCAAGCGAUGGAGAAAUACAACAUUGAAAAGGACAUUGCUGCCUUUAUCAAAAAGGAAUUUGACAAGAAAUACAAUCCUACUUGGCACUGCAUAGUUGGCAGAAACUUUGGUAGUUACGUCACACAUGAAACAAAACAUUUCAUCUAUUUUUACCUGGGUCAGGUUGCAAUUCUUCUAUUCAAGUCUGGCUAAAGAGAGAAAGGGCGAUUUAAUAACGAACUUGUGCACUGACGGCUGGAGCCACAGUCCCUUUAAUGGCUAAACGGCUGCAUGGACUUUAUCUCUGUGUAUAUGUAGCAGUAAACUUGCUUUAAUGCCCAAAUGGCUUUUUCUUUCUUUUUCAUUGCACUGAAAUGGUUAACAGUGGCCUUUAAAUAUUUAAAAAAACACCUGGAAUGGUUCUACCUGAAGACCUGGAUUACUAGACUUCUAUCCAGAAGCAUUAUUUUUGUUUCAUUCAGAAAUACAUUUCACUUUCUUCCUUUCUCCUCCACCCCCCCCCCCCCCCCCCCAACAACUAACUCCACCCCACAUCAAAUUCUUUCUACAUGGAAGAGUGCAGUUGCACUACAGAUGUUGGGUGUAAGAUACUUAUUGCCUUUCUUUUAAAGCUGUUUUCUAAUAGCAGGAGAUUGCUAUUGCAGUGAAUUGUAUUGGCAACUUUUUUCUUUGUUAGAAAAGAUUAUUGGAUUUGAUUCACCACUGUUCUGUGGCUAAAGGUUUUUAAUUUAAACAAAAACCGCUACAUAGAAACAUGAAAUGACUGGCCUGCCAGAAAUGUCGAGAAUGGUUUGAUUGCACCUUAAACAGGACAAAACAAACUUGUUUUUCCUUGUGCUGUAAUCUGCCAAAUGUGGAGAAACAUUCAAUACUUGUAAGAUCAUUGUCAAACUUGCAACAGUCAGAAGUUGCUCUAAAAUGUACAGGAGCUACUAGGCAAUUUGUACAUUAUCCUAACUUUUUCUGUUUGCAUGUUGAGAAAGAUUUUCACCAAACUGUUUUGUGGUGUAUUUUGUCCAUUUCAUUAUCUACUGCCCACCCUGCCACAACCCUUGCUCAUUAAAAAGGUUCAAACUGAUCUCUGAUAUAAGCAAACUAAUAAUUAAAAUGCAAGGUGCUUAUAUUGAUUUACAGUCUUCCCAAGUGAUGUCUAAGAAAUUUAAACACUUUUUCACUUCCCUCCCCCAUCCUGAUGUGUAUUUGUGUGUACAUAGCUUGUGAUUAAAGCAUGGAAAAGCUUCAAUCCUGGUUCAUGUGUCUAAGCUAAUUUAAUGUAUUUGCCAAUAAAUGGAAAGUGUCAGACCUCUGUCAGUUA